AUGGCACCAUUGACGAAUGGACAGCGCAAUGCUUUGGAGACCAUUGAACGAGUGGCGUCAUGCUUCUCGCUGGUUGGCACCGUGUUUAUCUUCUUCACUUUCAUCUACUCCCAUGACUUCCGACGACCGGUCAAUCGUCUCAUCUUCUACGCUUCAUGGGGCAAUACCCUCUGCAAUAUUGGGACCUUGAUAUCCGAAUCAGGUAUCAAGGCAGGCCAGGACUCACACCUGUGCCAGUUUCAGGCUUUCUUGAUACAAAUGUUUGUCCCAGCUGAUGCUUUCUGGAACCUGGCCAUGGCAUUCAAUGUCUAUUUGACCUUGUUCAAGAAGUACAAUGCUCAGCAAUUGAAGGCAUUGGAGUGGAGAUACCACGCUCUCUGUUAUGGGAUCCCGUGCAUCUGCGCCAUCAUCUUGCUCUUUGUGGAAACUCACGCCAAGGGCAAGAUAUACGGACCGGCAGUCCUGUGGUGCUGGAUCUCAGCAGAAUGGGAUUACUUACGAAUCGCGCUUCUUUACGGUCCUGCUUGGAUUGCCAUUCUCGCGGCCUUCACAAUCUAUGUAUCUUCAGGGGCCGAAAUAUUCAGGAAACGUCGCGAACUGCGCGAGUUUAGCAUCAAUCCCAAUACGACUUACGACUCGUGGAUCAAGACUACGCAGAUUGCAGUGACGAGUGAAGUCAACAACUCGCUUCCGCUUAGAGGCAUCCAGGAGUCUUUUGCCCCUCUCCCUAGUGAUAUGGAGAAGGCAAGCUUGAAGAAAACCAAAGGCUUCGAGCAGUACUCGGUUUCAGUCGCCUCGCCACCGCACUCGACUAGACCGUCUAUGCCGGCGAGCAUGCUUUCGGCUCAAGCUCGCAAGAAUCGCGCUGCAAUGGAGGCCAACAGAGCCGCUUGGGGUUACACGAAAGUCGCGAUCUUAUUUUUUGUCUCUAUGCUUGUUACAUGGGUCCCUUCCUCCGCCAACCGUCUCUACGCGCUCGCGAAUCCUGGACAAACCAACAUCGCUCUUGCCUACAUUGCAGGCAUCGUCCUUUCUCUUAUGGGGUUUUGGAACUCAAUCAUCUACAUCGUCACAUCUCGCGUUGCUUGCAAAGCCCUCAUCAUCGAUAUCUUCUCUUGCGGGGGCAAUCAGCAGCGCGCGAACACCGUCCAGGAAACACGAUCAUCCUGCAUCAGCCGGAGGUCUCAGCGCGACAGCUGGGGUGACGACAUCGAGCGACUGACCGAGCGGCCCAAGAGUGCGAGUGACUCGCACUCGAGCACGGCAACAUGA